AUGGCUGAUUUCGAUUUAACUUAUCGUAUGACACCUUUUUUCGAUGUUCAUCUCGUAAUUCCAUUAUUAGAAUUUAUUGAAGCCAGAAAGAUUUAUUCAGAAGAAAGUUUAGUUAAGGUACAACGUAAUGUUUUACUGAAAACAAAUAUGAUUGAUAGUCUUAUUGAAACAUAUCCCAAGGAUAAGAUUCCAGAAGGAUUAAUUACAAGAAAAGAUGAGAUAUUGGCUCAAAGAAAAAGACUUAAGGAGGAGGCAGAUGAAAUUUUAACAAUUUUAGAAAAACCUGAAGUUAAAGAAUUGAUUGAAAACAAAAGUGAACGUGAAAGUGGUACAAAAUUAAUAGAAUUGUUAUCAGCAAAACAUGGUUUUAAACCUGAGAUGCUUGACACACUUUUCAAAUAUGCUAAAUUUUUAUAUGAAUGUGGAAAUUACAAUACUUCUGCUAAUAUGCUAAUGUAUUAUAGAACAUUAGUAUCACCAACAGAUAAAAAUUUUUUGAAUGCAUUGUAUGGAAAGCUUGCUUCUGAAAUUCUUCUUCAAGAAUGGGUCCAUGCUAAAAAUGAUUUAAUGAGAAUAAGGCUGUUUAUUGAAAAUAAUCCUUUUAAUGAUGAAAUUGAACUUAUUAAACAUCGUGCAUGGGUUAUGCAUUGGGCUCUUUUUGUUUGUUUCAACAAUCCAGAAGGAAGAGAUGAAAUUAUUGAUAUGUUUUUGAAUGUUCAACAAUAUGCUAAUGCUAUUCAGAUUGUUUCACCUCAUCUUUUGAGAUAUCUUGCUGUAGCCAUUGUCACAAGUAAACAUAAACAAACAAAUAGCUUAAAGGAACUUGUCAAACUUCUUGAAUCUUAUGGUGAACAUUAUAAAGAUCCCAUUACUGAAUUUUUAACAUGUUUAUAUAUUAAAUAUGAUUUUAAUGAAGCUCAAAAAUAUCUUAAACAAUGUCAAGGAGUUUUAGCUAACGAUUUUUUCCUUACUGCAUAUGCUGAUGAAUUUAAUGAAGCCUGUCGUUUACUUGUUUUUGAAAGUUUUUGCCGCAUUCAUAAUUGUGUUAAACUUGAUAUGUUAGCCGAACGUCUCAAUAUGGAUACAGAAGAAGCUGAAAAAUGGAUUGUUGAUUUAAUUAGAAAAUAUAAGAUUGAAGGUGCCAAGAUUGACUCUCAAAAUAGGGAAGUCGUAAUGACACCUAAUGUUCAAUCACUUCAUGAACAAGUAAUGGAAAGCACCAAACGUAUUUACACACGCAUUCAUUCUAUGGUUAUGAAUUUAGAAAAAAUACAAUUAGAACGUGAAGUUCAAGAUAAUGAAGUUUAUUAA